AUGCUUUUUUUAUUUUUUCUCUUAUCAAUUUCAGAUAACAUUCACCACACUUUUUUCCUUCCUCCAAGUGGGGUUCAACAACAACAACCACAUAUAUAUUCUAUUAUGAACAUCCAACGAUUCUCCAACUUAAUCUCAAUAAGGACAAAAGAGAUCUCCAAGAGGAUCCAAAAGGCUCUUAAUGAGAUAAGCGAGAAUCUACAGCGCGAGUACCAACAUGCACAACAUCAACGUCAACAAGGAGGGUCACGGCAAAGACAACCGGCUUAUGCGCCAGUGCCAGCUAGAAACGGCAAGACCAACAACCCUUUUGUUCGUCAGUUUAGCACCUCUGCGCGUACAUAUUCAUAUAAUGCCAACUGGUCAAGGGCAAAUCCGUCGUCUUGGUUUCAGAAGUACAAUCUAUUCUUGAGAAAAGUUAGCAAAUUUGGUUCAAGAUCCAAGAUAUUGACUACAUUGAACCAUGGAUUUUUAUACCACAAUUUUUCCCAAACUUAUCAAAAUCCGUUCAGGUUGAAGAUUUAUCAACGUAAUUUGAAACAGACCUAUAGAUUGUUGUUUAAUAACUUGAGGGAAAGGUAUCAAGUGUACAACAAGGGAAACACAUCUAAUGAGGGUCAAAUAUUGCAAAAACUCAGAUUGAAUUUGUCAUUAACUUCAAAAAAUCAUCAACUUGUUACCAACUUGGCCAAGACCGACUCCUCAGCAUCAAGACAAGAAAAAAUUGAAUCAAAUGUCCACUUCACUAGUUGCUUUAUUGCAUUUCCAUUAAAUUUCAGUCUCAAUAUCCCCAAUGAGACUAUUUUAUCAGAAGAAGUAGUUGAUGAGAUGUUGUACAAUGUUAAAUGCUUUGAAGCUAAGUUGCAAAAUUUCAAACAAGACCUCCACAACUUGUUUGAAUUGGGUGAAUUGCCAAUGAAGUAUAUCGACAAUCUGGUUAGAGUGUAUUUUCCAAAUUGCGAUAAAGAGAAGUUGGAGAGAUUGUGUCAGGAAAAGGGCAUUUCCGGUGGAAUUAUCGUGGAAGAAGAAGGUGAUGUCCCUGUUGUUGAAGCAAGAGUUGAGUCAGAACCUGUUGAUUUGUUCAGUUCUUCAAACAGCUACGCCAGCACCUACUCCAGUGACAUUUUAAGCUCCAAUUCUAGCGAGUUGGAUAAUCAUUUAACUCAACGUGUCGUCAGACCAAUAGAUGAGGUUGCACCCUUACAACAAGUCAUCAGUGUCAACGAAGACUAUCACUGGGUCUAG